AUCGUUUCAAUGUUUUCCUGAGCUAGCUUUUGGCUGCAAGGGAGUUUUUGUUUUUUAGGAUACAAAACUUCAAGUACUGAAACUUGCACGAAACUACUCUGGGAUUCACAAUUGCAACUUCUGACUCCCGCAAGAAAUUGCGUGUGCACGCGAGGCAGGUUGAGGGAAACUUUAUCCAAAUCGCUGAGCUGCUGAUUCUCUACUGCCAGAACUGUUGGAUAACAAUUAGAUCUAAAAAGGGAAGUAACCAAAAGCCACUGCAGACGACAGCAUGUCCACCGAGGCUGACACGAGUGUCAGUGAGUCGGGCCUGUACUUCAGGAACUCCUUCCACGCCCAGAACCUCUACAACCUCCACCACAACCCGCACCUGAUGAGCGGGUUCCAGUCCGGCCUGGAACACAAGUUCGACUCCCGGGACGGGCGGGAGCACCACGACGAUGACAGUGAAGACAACGACAAGCUCAUCUCUGUUGACGAGUUCGACGACAGCGACAGCGAGGAUGUUCGUAGCUGCAGCACCCUGAGCCCCACCCCUUCAGACAACACCGUCAACAGCAGCUCGUCGUCCCGGCUCUACGGCUCCGGCGGGAGGAGCCACGGCGGAGGGAAGAUUAGAAAAAAGUCAGGGUUGGCUUCCAAGGUCAUGGACGAACAGGAGCUGCAGAGCUUAAGGCUGAAAAUCAACAGCCGAGAGAGGAAAAGGAUGCAUGAUCUAAACUCUGCUUUAGACGGCCUACGCGAGGUUAUGCCUUACGCUCAUGGUCCGUCUGUGAGAAAGCUGAGCAAGAUCGCAACACUUCUGCUAGCUAAGAACUACAUUCUCAUGCUGAAUUCAUCGCUGGAGGAAAUGAAGAAAUUAGUCAGCGAUAUUUACCACGGGUCCCCCCGACCCCCAGGACUACCGGCAGCGCUGCCGCCCCUGCCUCCGUCUCCUCAGUCUACAGCCAGCACCUCGGUGUCCUCUACUGCACCUGUCUCAGUCAGCUCUGGAAGUCCCAUCACGUCCAGCAGUGACACCGUAACCCGCAGCUUACCUGGUCGCUCACAAACCCCCAGCAGUAAAGCCUCCGACUGCCCACCCCCCACACCUCGACCAGUCCACCCAACCAUGUCCAUAGCCAGCAUGACCGGGCACCACCUACCCAGCCCCAUGCUCCCGCUGCCAGUCACAGCACUGCGGACGCCCGUACCUGGGCUGACGCCCCACGAGCUAAGCGCCCUGACGUCCGCCUACGGAAUCCCAAAACACGACAUUCAAGGGAUUCAAACCUACCCCACUCACGAUCGUGCUCAUGCUUUUCAGCGUUGGCCCGUCCCCUGCGCAUGCGCACAAUGCCUAACUGGCUCUGGCCAUCUAUCUUUAGGACUACAUUUAAGUCGCUUCUCGCAUCCACUCCUGUCAUCGGCGGCCUCUCUACAUCGAAAAAAUUGACAAUUUUAUCACCAUUAAACUUUUUUUUUAAUCAGCGGGAUAAUUAGGUGGCUGUUUAAAAUUAAGAUAUCCAUACUACAAUCUUUUAUUUAUUUCAUGCACCUGUUCAUCUUAAGACGAUAUGAGGUACAAGCUAAGGAGAUUAUACCGUGACCUGCAAAGAAAAAGAAAACAUUGCGUACCUCUAACCAAAGUAAAAAAAAAAACUUGACGAACUCUGAAUUAACUAUCUUCAUUUCAAUUCACAACGAAACACUUGGAUACAGUUAAUGUUGUCCACAUAAUCUCAUCUACAUUUUUAAACAAAUAUUUUUCUUGAACUUUUUUACCUAUAAAUUUUACAAUCGAAAACUUGACACCAAUUUUCUGGUAUUAAUGUUGUUGCUUGAAACGAUAGACUCGUUCAACCAACUGUUUUUAAAUGUCAACAUUUUUCUCUGCCUUCAUUGUUAGGAGACAAUGUCGAGUGAAACAUCUGUGAUAAAUAUGGAAGCCCAU